UUCCGCUCGCGCCCCCUCCCCGCGCCGCGUCGUCCGGGUCGCAGCCCGAGGGGAGGCUGGAGGCGUGUCCUCGCUCUCGCGCCGGGUGCGGGGUGCGGCGGCGGCGUCCGGCGGCGGCGUCCGUGCUCCCCCCUCGCCUGCGCGGCCCGCGCGCCUCCGGCUCCGGCUCCGGCUCCGGCUCGUCGUCGUCGCCCGGCUCGGCCCGCGGCCCGCGGCAAGAUGGCGGCGCCCAGGCCGCCGCCCGCCCGGCUGUCGGGCGUCAUGGUGCCCGCGCCCAUCCAGGACCUGGAGGCCCUCCGCGCGCUGACGGCGCUCUUCAAAGAGCAGCGGAACCGAGAAACUGCACCCAGGACUAUCUUCCAGAGAGUCCUGGACAUCUUGAAGAAAUCUACCCAUGCUGUUGAGCUGGCCUGCAGAGACCCGUCCCAGGCGGAGCAUCUGGCGUCCAGCCUGCAGCUGAUAACGGAGUGCUUCCGGUGUCUCCGGAAUGCCUGCAUCGAGUGUCCUGUGAACCAGAACUCUAUCAGGAACUUGGAUACAAUUGGCGUGGCUGUUGAUCUGAUUUUUCUUUUUCGUGAGCUACGGGUGGAGCAGGAGUCCCUGUUGACAGCUUUUCGCUGUGGCCUGCAGUUUCUAGGCAACAUCGCCUCAAGGAAUGAAGAUUCCCAGUCCAUUGUUUGGGUGCAUGCCUUCCCAGAACUCUUUCUGUCUUGCUUAAAUCAUCCAGACAAAAAAAUUGUCGCCUACUCAUCAAUGAUUUUGUUCACAUCCCUGAAUUCUGAGAGAAUGAAAGAACUGGAGGAAAAUUUGAACAUUGCCAUUGAUGUCAUCGAAGCUCACCAAAAGCAGCCGGAAUCCGAAUGGCCGUUCUUGAUUAUUACAGACCAUUUUCUGAAAAGCCCGGAAUUGGUGAAAGCGAUGUAUGCCAAAAUGAGCAGUCAAGAAAGAGUUACAUUGCUGGACCUCAUAAUUGCGAAAUUAGUGGGGGAUGAGCCGCUGACCAAGGAUGACAUCCCUGUGUUCCUGAGCCAUGCGGAGCUGAUCGCGAGCACGUUUGUGGACCGGUGCGAGAUGCUGUCCAAACUGACGUCGGAGCAGCACGCGGACGGUGAGGAGGCGUUGGCCACAAUCCGGCUUCUUGAUGUCUUGUGUGAAAUGACCGCGAAUACUGAUCUGCUCAGUUAUCUGCAGGUUUUUCCUGGCUUGCUGGAAAGAGUGCUUGAUCUCUUGCGACUGAUUCACGUAGCUGGCAAUGACUCCGCAAGCAUCUUCAGUAGCAGUGGCUGCAUAAGGGCGGAGGGUGACAUCUCCAGUGUGGGGGAGGGGUUUAAGUCUCAUCUCAUUCGACUGAUCGGAAAUCUAUGUUACAAGAAUAAAGACAACCAAGACAAGAAAAACCUCAUCUGUGUGGGAUGUUGUAGGUGUGGUCCUGAUGUUCAGCAGGUGAAUGGAUCUUCUGACUCCCAGGUCAGUGAGCUGGACGGCAUCCCCUUGAUCCUGGACAGCUGCCGCAUGGACGACAGUAACCCCUUUCUGACCCAGUGGGUGGUGUACGCCAUCCGCAACCUCACCGAAGACAACAGUCAGAACCAAGACCUCAUCGCCAAGAUGGAGGAGCAGGGGCUGGCGGACGCGUCCCUGCUGAAAAAGAUGGGCUUUGAGGUGGAGAAGAGAGGCGACAAGCUGAUUCUGAAGCCUACUAGUGACCCGCCACCACUGUGAAUGAGCUCUCCAUCAAAAUACCUGAAUUUUUGGAAUCUGUUUCCUGGAUUUUCCAUCUUCUGCAGUAUGUGAAAUCGCAAGUGUUUGAAGAUUUACUAAGUGUAAAUUCAGGAACACGUGACUCCUUUAGAUAAUAGAGUUCGAUGUGGGUAAGCUCUGAAAGUGAAAGUACCUGAGUAUCCUGUUGUUUCUUUGCUUUAGAAACUGUCUGGUUUGCCUUUGUCCCCAUGGAUACAGUGUGCGUUUCAGUAAUACAUUGUACUUACUGUGGCAACAGAUAAUAAAUUCUUCUUCUCGAGGGAGGGUGCAUCCCUUAUUUGGCAAAGCCUGGAGCAUUUGAUCGGAUUCCAUUUGUUCCUUCAGAUGGCGAAUCAGCCCGGUUCCUUUUCUUCUCUGCCUGUUGGGUUUUCCGCACUCUGGCAGGCAGUUGAAGUAGUUUCUCACUGUGAUUAAUUCUAGCAAUCUCUUUUCACCCUUUCUGCCUUUCCAAAACAUUGACAAGACUCAUUUCCAGCUAAUUAAUUCGAGAGAUGCUGAAGAAUAGAGAAGCUCGCUCUUCAUUUUAGGGACUGGGCUGUGCUUGUCACUGAGCCUGGCCCUGGGGAGAGAGUGGGGAGAGUGUGCGGGCCAUUAACUCUUCUCUUUCCAAAUCACCCGGGAAGAGACCUCCUGGGCCAUUGUGCUCCCAGGGGCUGCCUGCGUCUGUGAAGAGGACUUUGUGACAGGACCACAGGAUUAAAGAGAUUCCUGGUCCUAUUCACUUUCAGGGACAUGGUCUCCUGAAGCACGCCACUCCAGGUCUGGCCACGGCUCCGCUUUGUGGAAUUGCUAAAGUAGCUUUGGGGAGCGGGAGCAGAUUUGACCCUGUAUCUUUCUAUUUCCAUCUCUUUCUACCCACCCCACCAAAUACGUACUCAGAGCUGGAGCUGGAUUAAACGAGCACUGGAAUUUUAGGUCAUUGAUGUAAGCAACAAAAGCUCUAGGAGGGAGGUCAUGUAUGAACAUUCCUGGACAGCCCGUUACUGUAAGCUCUCUAGAGAUUUUGCACAGUUCCUGUUGAAUUUUCCAAAAUAGAAAGAUUCUGCCAGAAGCGUUAACCGAAAUACUGAUCGUUCCAGAGUAAAGUGCUUCCGAUGUUUUUUGUAGUCGUCCUUUAAAUGGCUUUUGUAAAAACAGCUCAAGUAUGUUCAGAAUGAAAUAAAAGUGGUCCCCUGUGCUAAUGUA